AUGGAGCAGUUUGAGGGUACAUUUGAGGUGGGGGACUAUGUGGUGUUCGCCCUGCUGUUUGUGGUUUCCUCCAGUAUUGGGGUCUUCUUCGCUAUCAAAGAAAGGAAGAAGGGCUCAUCGAAAGAGUUUCUGGUCGGAGGGCGUCAGAUGACUUGCGGGCCAGUUGCUCUGUCUUUGACGGCCAGCUUUAUGUCUGCAGUGACGGUUAUUGGGGCCCCAUCUGAUGUGUACAGAUACGGUGCCUCAUACGUCAUCUUUGGGGUCGCAUACACGUUUGUGGUGUUCCUGACGGCUGAGCUUUUCCUGCCUGUCUUCUACAGGUCUGGCAUCACUAGCACAUAUGAGUAUCUGGAGUUACGUUUCUGUAAGGGGGUCCGCGUGGCUGCUACCCUUAUUUAUAUAGUACAAACGAUUCUGUACACUGGUGUGGUGGUUUAUGCCCCUGCUUUAGCUCUGAAUCAAGUGACACGCUUUGAUCUUUGGGGUUCCAUCUUUGCCACAGGCAUUGUCUGCACUUUCUACUGCACAUUGGGGGGUCUAAAGGCUGUGGUCUGGACAGAUGCCUUCCAGAUGGUGGUGAUGGUGGUGGGGUUCCUUACUGUGCUGAUCCAGGGUGCAAGCAGAGCAGGGGGGGUCGCGUCUGUUUGGAACGCAUCUCAGGCUGGAGGCAGACUGCAAGUGUUUGACUUUGAUGUUGAUCCACUAAGGCGACACACUUUUUGGACCCUUUCUGUGGGCGGGACGUUUACUUGGCUAGGUAUCUAUGGGGUAAACCAAUCAACCAUCCAAAGAUGCAUUUCCUGCAAAACAGAGAAACAUGCACGCUGGGCGCUGUAUCUAAAUCUUUUGGGUCUGUGGAUUAUUCUGUUCUGUGCUGUGAUGUCGGGACUCAUCAUGUAUGCCUUCUACUCCAACUGUGACCCGUGGACUGCUGGUUUUGUCUCUGCACCUGACCAGAUCAUGCCAUAUUUUGUAAUGGAAAUUCUCGGGGCAUUUCCAGGACUACCAGGGUUAUUUGUCGCAUGUGCAUUCAGUGGAACUCUCAGCACGGUAGCCGCCAGUAUAAAUGCUUUGGCAACGGUGAUGUACGAGGAUUUUGUGAGUCAGUGUUUUAAAGAUUUAUCCAACAGAGCGGCCAGCUGGAUCAGCAAAGGGCUGUGUGUGGUGUUUGGUGUGGCCUGCACUUCUAUGGCUGUGGGUGCCUCAUAUAUGGGUGGAAUUGUGCAGGCGGCCCUCAGUAUCCACGGCAUCUGCGGGGGCCCAAUGCUGGGAUUGUUUUCCCUGGGAAUCCUGUUUCCUGUCACUAACAUAAAGGGGGCUGCUGGGGGUCUGAUUGUGGGCAUUGCUCUGUCAUUCUGGGUCGGUGUGGGCUCCUUCAUUUACCCUGCAUCCAGUAACAAUACACAUCCUCUUGAACUCAACACUACAGGCUGUUACCUCAACAUCACAGCUAAUGAAACCAACCUAACUCCAACUAUCCCUGACAGGUCCUGGCUGGUUGAUUCAUGGUACUGCAUGUCCUAUCUGUACUUUAGUGCUGUGGGUUUUGUUGGCACCGUGGCUGCCGGGCUAUGUAUCACAAUGCUGACUGGGCCAACUGAUCCCAAGAAGUUGAAGUCAGGUCUUACUCGAUCAGUGAGAGAGAUCAUCUGCUCUGACGGCUUCAUGCAAGCAGAUUUCAGUCAGGACAAGGAGGAUUUGACAGACUUUGCUAAAGCAUGGGAAACAAGUCCAGACGUCCAGGACAACAACUAUGAGGAAGUCAUGGAAGAAAUUGAGAGGAGGUUUAAGAAACCAAAUGAUAACAUGUCAGUCAAUGGCUACACAAAUGCUGCUUUUGACCAUAAUGAAAUGAGUCAGGAUCCAACAAAACAAACUUCACUUUGAGUUUGACUCUUUUACCACGCUAACAGUUGAAGAAUAUAGGCAAUUAUUUUUUGCAGAAAACAUCCAGUCUAUGCUGCACAAUAUGCUUUAAACAAUUUUUGUGUAAAAAAACAUUUAAAAAACUGACUUGUUUCAUUCCCUUCUCUGUUUUCUUUGUUUCUAUUUUAUGUGAAGCUUUGGUACAAUGAACAGUUGUUAAAAGCGCUAUACUGUAUAAAUGAAAUUGAUCUUAGUUAUUGAAAGGCUGUCUACUUUAAAUAAUGGAGUCAUGUGCCAUAUAGAGUUGAUCAUGGUUUUGCUAACUAUUGAUCAUUGUCUUUAGUCCUGCAACAACAUUUCUGUAAAUCAAACAUAGUUGCUUCUUUCC